AUGGCCGGUGUUUCACUAAUGUAUACGCAUAUUGGACAACUCACUGAUGGCAGUAAUAUUUAUUUUGAUUCCAGGCGCGACCGCGGUUUCCCCGAGCCGGAACUUCCUGCCGUUGAUUCUCGAUCCGAUGGCAGUACGGUUUCAUCAGCGGUCGACGAUGCCACAGUUGAACCCAGCAUGGGCACCAUUAUGCAAGCGGCACCGGUCGACAGUGGAGAAGGGAUAUUCAUUUACAUUAUCCCGGCCGUGCUGCAUCUCGGUGGCUAUGUAAUCGCAGUUUACAUUUACCGCUUCGCCGAUAAUGAACAUUUACAAUGUUUAAUUGAAAGGAAAGCCAACGCGAAUAUGGGUGAGCCGGGAACACAUCUGCUUCUUCGAUUGGCUCCAAUGGAAGAGCAGCUGGCAUUGGCCAUUAAAAAUUCAUUCUCGCCGUCAUUGUCAUCGUUUCGUCACUAUCCACUAAUCUUCUUACAGGUUUUCAUCCUGAGCAGUGCUCCCCGCCGGCUGGUGGCAACUUUGUGGGUCUACUUUGCACUCGGCAUGCUGUGGCUAGCCGGUGCUACUGCGUAUACCUGCCUGUUGGUAGAGGAACAAUCCGAAGCCAUCAUCCGUCUGAAAUGGAUGGGAGAUCUCAAUCCAACCGAGCGCGAUUACAUUAGUGGUUUUCUCUGCGUAACGAUGUUUUUCCACGACUUGGUCCAAACGGUCAUCAUCAUCAGCUACAGUAUUACGUGCUACCUUCUCCGUUAUUAUCUACAGGGCCUGAAGGAAAAAUUGCUUCUGCAUACCAUCGAACCCCUCAACUGGAUGCGGGAAAUUUGCGAAUUUCGCAAAUUACUACAUCACCUAAACAGGAAAAUAUCAGUUCCUGUGUGCUGCCUGACGCUGCUAAACCUGAGCUACGCCUUCUCCAGUGUCGUACACGUGUUUCGUGAUAUAAACGCCUGCCCGGUAAAAAUUAUCAGCUUCACCACAGCAAAUCUGUUGCUGUGGAUCCUCAUCUCGUUGACGCCAUUUAUUCAGGCAGCAUCACUCACGGUUUCCUGCCGCCGGACCCAAACCUGCGGACAUCUGAUUAGCAUUCGUCCGUUCGUACAUCGAAAUACCUCGUCGGAAGAUCUGAAUACCGUCCUGCUGUACGCCUCCUCACUGCAAAUAUCGGCCGAGUUGUUUCGAAUACCGAUCAGUGCUCACUAUUUAUGCUUUUUCGUGUUUGUUUGUGCCGUUGGCAUCCUUACGUUCGGGAUGUGUCUCACUUGGGGGAACGUUUGAUGCCUUCGACAAUCGGCUGCUGUUGCUGCUGAUACUGAUCAGACGUCCAUAGAAUGAACGAACGAAUGGGCGAACCAACGAACUAGCAUUGCGCCCGAAGGAUGAAAUCCAGUUUAAAUUUUGCCAGAGCAAGUAAAGUUUGAUUUUCGAUUUCCCCAUGUAAACAUUGGAAUUGAAAAAAGUGCAAAUAAAUACUACAUUACGUUGGACACAGAACCGGUCAGCUUCACU